GUUGGAAUAAUCGAGCGUUUCUUCGAAACUGUUGACAGUUGUGCAUCUUGUGAUUUUUUUGUCAAUUAAUACGAAUUUUUGUAUGUGCAUGGAAGGAUAUCAGUAAAGUAGAAGAUGGCUACGAAAGCAGUGCGGGUCGUCUGCUACCUGCUGUUCAGACUACUACUGCCAUGUGUGCUACUUGUAGGAGCUGUGGUGCGUUUCAACGCCCUGUCCUUCCUGUACACAAUUUUCCUCUUGUUGGGUCCGCUCCUCCAGUCUCCCACUGCCAUCACCAUCAGAGGCGGUACUGGGUUGUACAUGAAGUUGGUGUUUAUAGUGGGUCUGUUGGCAGUCCUAGCACAUGCGGUAUUCCACAUCACCCUGUCUGCCAUUGCCAACCAUAAUAAGCCUUAUGGACAUAUGUUUCCAAACUGCUCUCAGUAUGAGAAGUUGGCACGACAGAUAGCCUUGGAAAGGUUGGAUACUGCACCAAUUAUAGACAUUGUCAGACUGGUUGCUCCAGAUGUUGCUGUAUUUUUGACUGGUUUAAUAGUGUACAUAAUUUGUGUAAAACUCUUACCAGCCGAGAAAAAACAGUCUGAACAAGAACUUCCCAUCAUCGUAAGAUCUCAACAAAAACGUAAAGUCAAUACUGUCGUAGAAUUUAUUGGGGAGUCAGUUUUAGUGUUACUUUUGGUGGCUAGUGGUGUUAUCGCUCCAAGUGUCUUAUCUUCUGUCUACUUCCUGUCGUUCCUCUUUUUGGCGACCAUAUGGGCACUGUACGGGCAUCUCGGGCGGAAGUUUCGUGUGUUCCGUGUGAUUCUGCUUGUCUACAGCGCGGCCCACAUUCUUGUGUUACACCUUUACCAGUUCCAGUUCUUCCAGGAGGCCAUACAUCCAGAUGACUUUAUUGCCAGGUUGGUUGGUCUAACAGCAGUUGUCUAUACUGACUGUUCCAAACCAUACACCAUCUUCUUUUACGAUGAUUCCAAGUGGCAGAACUUUGUCAACCCUGGAAUCUUGCUGGGACUCUAUUAUGUUCUUGCAUUUGAGGUCCGACAUGCUUGCCAUGCCAAGAAGGCAUUUCCAGUUGACGCGAAUGACUCAGCAUUUCUGGACGCAAAACGUCAACGUCGUCGGCGACAAACGAGUUCCGAGCGUCAGGUAGACGGAAAACUGGACAUGAGCCAAAAGGAGCACCUGGUUGAUGCAGAGGUAGCAGCUAACUACAGCAGCAUUGAACCAGUCGCUGAAGAGCGAGAGGGGUCACCAACGAUGUUGUCACAGGAUGAGGUAGAUGCACCCGGAAGUCCGACUGGUAGUACAAAGAAAUUAGCAGAAAGCAAGCGGUCCGCGUGGGUGUCCAUGUUUGUGUACAUCAUGAGGCAGAGCUAUGUGCUGUCUUUGAUUGCAAUGAUGGUAUGGAGUAUCCUAUACCACAGCUGGUUGACCUUUGUGCUGCUCCUGGCUGCCUGUAUCAUCUGGAUGUUCCCCAACUCUCGCCGUGUCUGCUACAUGCUCUCUCCCUUCAUACUCUUCUAUGGUAUUGGUCUGUUGUGCAUUCAGUUUGUGUUUGGGAUGGACCUCAAGAAUGAGUUACCCACAGAGAAGAACGGCAUCCGACUGCGGGACAUUGGACUUGUCACAUAUCCCCACCCCUGUAUACCCCUGGCUAUUCAGGUGGCGUUCACUCUGUGUUUCUGGCUUACCCUUCGUCAGUAUAUGCGAGAGCGAAGGAGCUCAGUGCUUGCCGAGGCCGACAAGUACCCCCUGGAGCCUGUUGUAACACCAACUACACCGACAUCACCAAAGUCUCUCUCAGAGAUGCUGCGUCAAUAUGUGUGGUGCAUGCUGUGCAAGUACUGGAUCUUCCUGUGUGCCACCAUGCUGCUGGUCAUCUCAUUACAGGAGGUGGUUGUCUACAGAAUCAUCUACAUGAUUCUCUUCCUCAUGUUUGUCAUUACCUUCCAGUAUGCAUACAGGUUUUGGCGGUUGACAAUGAAGCUAUUCUGGUGGGUAGUGAUCCUGUACAGUAUGGUUGUGCUUAUCAUACUGUAUACCUACCAGUUUGAGAACAUCGCCAAGGCCUGGAGGGACGUCACAAAACUGCCUAAUGAAACGUUGGCAGACAUAGGGCUGGAGCAAUUCAACACUGUAGGCUUGUUUGUUCGUCUGCUUACGCCGACCACUUUCCUCAUCCUGCUCAUUAUACAAGUCCACUACUUCCAUGUGCCCUUCCUUGCCAUCAGCGACCUUGACAGAUAUAAGGGGAUGCCUGUGGAGGGACCAACCACACCAACUGUGCCGACAUCCGACACCCAAACAACAAUCGACGAGGGAUCACUUGAUAUUAAGGAGAAGAAAUCAUUUGGUAAGCGUUUUGCCCGAGCUCUGAAGAAAGCUUGGGUGAAGGUGGGCGAUGUAUGGGAGGUCAUCACCUGGUUUCUAUGGCGACUGGCAGAGAUACACGUGUUCAAAAUUGUUGCCUUUGUGGUCAUCAUGGUCUGCACACAUGAGGUGUCAGCAGUGAGUGCAGUAUACGUGAUCCUACUGGCCGUGUUCCUGCCGAUGACGGGCUGCUGGUUCCUGUUUUCACACAUCUCUUUGCUGUGGACUGCCCUAGUUAUUCUCUCCAAGAUGAUAUACCAGCUUAACCUUGUGGAUAACACACCCUGGCUUACAAACUGCACUGGUAACAUAUCUCAGGAGGCCCCGUUCAACACGACCAUAAACAAUGCGGAGUGGGUUGGCAUGAAGAGAAUGGACUCUCUUGGACUAAACUUUGGUGCAUACAUAAAGAACUACCUUGGCAUUCUACUGAUCAUCAUAUUUGAGCGUGUUAUUGUGUACCAUCAAACACAGCUGUACAACAAACCAGGCGUACCCAAGCCCAAAACUGGCAUCAUCUUCAGUACAAUCAAGCGAGCCCAAGCAGAUGAGGGGACCAAUUCUUGCUUGAAAUAUUUCCUCAACUAUUUCUUCUACAAGUUUGGACUUGAGUUGUGUUACAUCGUGACGGCCAUCACAAUCUGCGUGCGUGUUGAUGCCUACUCCAUGCUGUAUGCCAUAUUCCUGGGCAUUCUCCUGCUCCUCAAUCGCCGUAAUAAUGCAAGGGUGUGGCCGGUGUACACGGUGAUACUGGUCAUACUGUUACCGGUCCAAUUCCUUCUGGCACUUGGUGUACCACUUGGGCUCUGCUAUACAUACGCAUGGGACAACAAACAUUGGCUGUUAGAGGAGGACAACCAGGUAACAGAGCUCGAACAGUGGCUGUUCCUUCCAGACUAUGAGGCCCCGCCAAACGCUUAUAAGCUUGUGGCUGACUUCUUCCAGCUGUUGCUAGUGUGUCUGCAGUGGCGCGUGUUCCGGAAGGAGCUCGCGAUGCGUGGAGAGAUGCAGGAUGGGGGGUCAAACGAGGAUAUACUCCCGGAAGUCGAGGCCAAGACUCCCAUACCAGUGAAGGAUUUCACUACUGAAGUCACUAAAAAAGGCAAGGUUGUACCAAGUUCAUACCUGGACAUCAUCAAGAACUUUGUGUUUGUGUACAUGUUCUGGGUGACACUAGCCAUCGUGUUCAUUGCGGGCACGUCCCGGAUCAACCUGUUUAGCAUGGGCUAUGUGAUCGCUGUCUUCUACUUCAUGUGGUUCGAACGAGAGUUCCUCAUAAAACCUCUGAGAAGGCUUGUUAGAGCUUGGAACCUCUUGCUGGGUCUUUGUUACUUCAUCAUUCUGCUGAAGGCCGCCCUCCAGCUGCCAGGGUGUGUGUACAUCAAGAUAAUAGAGGACAAGGCAUGCUGGCUGGUACAACUACUUGGCCUCACUUGCCUACGACCAGGCUACAAAGUACCUUUUGUGGCUAGCUGUACUGUGGCAGAGGACAACACCGGCUUAUCUUGGGAUGUUGUAUGUUUCACCUUCCUGCUGCUUCAGAAGAGAAUCUACACCAGCCACUACUUCAGACAUGUUGUCGCUGACUUUGAGGCACAGAACAGGCUCGCUUCCAGGGGCUGUCAGCUGAUCAACCGUAUCCUGAUGCGACAGGUGGCCAAACAGAUGGAAGAAGAGCGCCUGAUACUCAGCAAAAUCAAGCUCAAGAUGCAGUCACUCAAGAAGAAACAGGCCAGUCUUAAGAAGAGCUUUGUGGAACCCGACGAACAUUUUCAAGCUAUCCGGUCAGGAGACUACUACCUGUUUGAGGAUUCAGAGGAGGAGGAGGAGGAGCCUGAAGAUGAAGUGACCACCAUUACAUAUGGCCAAGGUAGAAGUGAGGAUGAAGAUGAAGAAGCAGGUGGACCCUCUCCCCUACAGUUGAUCACAACAGCUGUGACAUCAGGCACAGAUGAAGCAGUAAAGAAGGCAGAGGAAGAGGGAGGUGGGAGUAAACCCUCCAGUCCCAGGCCUGGUGCAAAGAAUCAAGGAUUAGAUGAACCGGGAACCAGUCGACAGAAAGUGGGUAGGGAAGCAGUGGAGGAGGAGGAGGAAGAGAAGGGUGGCGUCCUUGCAAAACUCAAGACCAUCUGCAGUUUCAUUCUGGCGUUCCUGGUAAGCUGUGCCAACUGGCUAACAGGUCUGUUCAACCGAAUCUCCCGAAACUACCGCCUUGUUGCUGACAAGAUGAAGGAUGACCAUAUUGCUGUCAAGAGACAAAUACAGUCUGAGGUUGGCCAUGUGGAGAUGAAGGAGACUGAACCCCGGAGUGAUGGAGAAGACUUGAUGGAGGUGUCAGUACAGCCUGUUACCACGGACGUUGCACCACUGAAGAGCGAAAUCAGCCUGGCGGACAUUGACCUUGACCGGUUUGACGAGAAGCAGGAAGAGGAGCGACACAAGUCCUGUGUCUACAGGCUCCUGGUGGCCACUUACUUUGCACUAGUGGCAAGGACAGAGAUUAUGUGCUACUUUCUGAUGAUCCUUAACCAUAUCCUGUCCGCAAGCCUCCUGUCCCUGCCCCUCCCUAUGUUUGCCUUCCUCUGGGGCAUGUUGUCAGUCCCGAGGCCAACAAAGACAUUCUGGAUCACCGUCAUUACAUACACUGAGGCCGUUGUAGUGGUGAAGUACUUGUUCCAGUUUGGGUUUUUUACAUGGAACGACAAAGUUCCAGGUUCAGAUCCCUUCUGGCCCCCUAAGAUCCUUGGCAUUGAGCAGAAGGAUAACUUCUGGGUUAUGGACCUUAUACUGCUUCUUGUCCUCUUCCUGCAUAGGACCAUACUCAAGCGUUAUGGACUGUGGAAAGAUGAGGAGGAGCCAACCAUUGAGAGCAAGUCAUCUUCAACCUCGUCCAUUGAGGCUACCAAAGAAGAAAUAGCCAAGAUGGAGGCUAUCCGUGAUGAAGAGCGUCAUGAUAGUCGUACCUCCAGCCUUCAGGUGCAACCAUCAAUUCUUCGCGCCCCAUCAAGCUCUUCUAGCAUUGAAGAGGGAGUUGAUGAGCCGAAAGCUGAGGAAAAAGAUUCUGCGUUUAAGGCAGUAUUCCGACCGUUCAUCAACUUCUACAAGCAGCUUACAUGUCCAGACUACAAUGCCACCACAGACGUGUACGCCUCCAUGUUUGCCUGUGACUUCAUCAACUUUCUCAUUGUUGUAUUCGGUUACCAGGCUUUUGGACCAUCUCAAUCAGCUGGUGGAGAUGUCACUUCCUAUAUAUCUGAGGACAGGGUCCCAGUUCCAUUCCUGAUUAUGUUGCUAGCCCAGUUCGUCCUGAUCAUUAUUGACCGGGCCCUUUACCUGCGGAAGAAUGUGCUUGGCAAAUUCAUCUUCCAGAUUUUGCUGGUCGUUCUUCUCCACAUCUGGAUGUUCUUUAUUAUUCCUUACUGGACUGGCAAGCCAUUCACAAGUAACAAGCCCGCGGCCCUGUGGUACUUCAUCAAAUGUGUGUACUUCUACCUGUCUGCCUACCAGAUCAAGUCUGCCUACCCCACUCGAAUCCUUGGCAACUUCCUCACCAAGAAGUACAACUACGUCAAUCUCUUUUUGUUCAAAGGGUUUCUGGCAAUUCCAUUCCUGCUGGAGUUACGUACCCUGAUGGACUGGAUCUGGACAAACACGACAAUGGCGAUCGGCAGCUGGCUUCAGAUGGAGGACAUCUACGCAAACAUCUAUGUACUCAAGUGUCAGAGGGUCAUUGAAAAGAACCACCCUACCCCCCGUGCCCAGCCCAAGGCAGCAGUUAUCAAGUAUGGGGUGGGAGGUCUACUCCUCUUCGUGGUCAUCUUUAUCAUCUGGUUCCCUCUGGUCAUUUUCUCGUUUGCCAACACAGUGUACAUUGCCAAUCCACCAAAGGAGUGUACAGUAUCUGUCUCCAUUGCCGGAUAUCAGCCCCUGUUUGAGAUUAUGGGACAGCAACAAAAUAUUCAACAGUACAAUGAGGGCCAGUAUCUGAGCCUGAAGAAUGACUACGACAAGGAUGUGUCAGCAACCAUGUUCCUUAACAACUACAAGCCGGAGGACAUUUCCUUGAUUCAACUGGAUGGUAAAUCCACGUCAGUGUGGACCAUUAGCCCGCCAAGUUUUUCGCGCCUUAUUAAAGACUUACAGAACGACUCUACACCCAUAACUAUGGAUUUUAUUGUCUCAUUUACAAGGGCACCCCAUGACCAGGCUGGGGAGACACUAAACCAGCAGUAUCGGAAGUCUCUAAGCAAGACAGAGAAGCUGAAUACAGCCGCAAUGCUGGUCGGAAAUACGUCAGCCCCUGUGGAGAUAGCGAACGUUUAUCCUGAGGAUAUAAGACUGGGCUCCAAGCAAGCAAUGGCUGCAACAGCCAUACUUGGACCGUCGACAACAUCGUACACAAAUAUAAGGAUUCUGCUGAACAGUACAAAUGGGACGGAGUCUAACGCCUCCUGGUGGGAGAUCACUGUGGAUAAGAAUACUAAUAACUACAUUAAUUUCCUAACAUUCAACGAUAGAGUUGCCCCAGCCGGAUUCUCCCUAAUCACAGGAUAUGGUAUCAUAGGUUUGUAUGUGUCGCUGGUUCUUGUGAUUGGACGGUUUGUGAGGUUCUUCUUCAGUGACAGCUCGUUUAGAAUCAUGUUCGAUGAGUUACCGUGUGUCGACCACAUUCUUAGCUUGUGUUUGAACCUCUAUUUGGCGCGAGAGUGCAGGGAAUAUCGCCUAGAGGAGCAGCUAUUCUCUAAGUUGCUGUUCUUAUACAGGUCACCUGAGGCUAUGAUUAGAUUCACAAAAUUAAAAUUGGAUUAAAGUGUGUGUCAACAUAACGUACGAUAUUUUUAUCAUUCCGGGAAUAAUUAUAUAUAUAAGGUUUAUUAAUUUACAAAAUGUCAUUCGCUUCAUAUAAGCUAAUUUUAUAGGAAUAAUGUAAAAAUGUAGCUAAUGCAUUUGUUCAAAAUGUUGUGCGCGAGUAAUUAGACUGGUACUUUAAUUGUGCAAAGACAUUGAUUGAUAAAUAUCAUUGCCCUUGUACGUAAGGGAAAGAAGUUAUGAGGUUGAAAUAUUUAUCAUCAUUAUGGUUCAAAUGACAAUUAUACUAGCACCAUUAAUAAUAUUAUUAUACAUUCAUCGAUAUGUAUGAUUUUAUUACUAUGAUUUUAAUCUUAAAUCAUCCUAGUGUUAAAUGAUAAAUUACCAUAACUGUGCAUUGGCUAUAUAUGAAUAACUACACAACAUUAUACGAGGAUAGAGGUGACUAGAGGUCUGAAACAUGCAAAUUUAACAUGAGUUGUAUAUUUCUUGUCAAUUCUUUAAAUGAAUAAUUAAAAUUGGUGUUUGUGAUUUAUGUUUCAUUGGAUAUAAUUAAGUGUUCGCAGGGUAUUUGUUUGUUACUUAUUUCUAUUUAUUUUCUACAUUGUAAUACUCAGGUAUUCUGUGUUUUUAGUGACUGUUUACAAGUUAAUUAUAAUUUAAGUUAAUAAAUAAUUUUAUAACAAAACCAGUCUAUGUGUGGCAUUUUAGUAGUUACUGUUUUAAACCCAAUGCCCGAGAAACGUUUUGACAAGAAUAACUAUCAUUGGUUAGUGAAUUGUCAUGGAUGUUGCAUAAUUAACCUUUUUAUGAUUGUAAGUAUUUUAAGAAAAAAAUCGACAUGUUUUCUUUAAGCUUUGAUAUUGUUUGUUUAUACCUUCUGUAAUAUUGGUAAAAUUGGUAUAUAUGUUCGCAAUCACAAUGACUAUAAGUCUUACUCAAAAUCUUGUUUUUUUGGCUCACAGAAAACUUGAGUUUUUUUUGCGCCCGUUGGUUAUAAUAAAUGUUAUGAUGUCUUUUUGGCGUAUUUAUUUAAAAAUGCUUUAAGUCUUGAGUCUUAUAUUUCAGUCUUUUGGAGAGUACUAAAACCUAUUUUGAAUUAAGUUUGGACUUAUAGCCUAGUUUGCAUUGAAGUGGAUCAUGUCUCACUGUUUUACGCAACAUUUUCGAGAGAAGGAAGUGAAUAAUGUGUUUAUGAUCACUUUUCACUCUUUCUCUUCUUAUGGUUUAAGUUUUCAUGAAAUAAAAAUAAUUUUGUAUAUAAUCCAAUGAUAAUAAUAAUGAUGAUAAUAAUAAUAAAAAAUGUGAUUAUAAAUAGUUUAAUCUAUUGUUGUGUGACAAAAACAUGCAUUGUGAACUCUUCAGAAUGUUUCAGACAUGCGCAUUGCGUUUUCAUACAUUCUCUGGAUGUUCGAAUAUUUUCAGUCUCAAUUUAAACCCCCUUUUAUCCUUUCAGUUGUUUUGAUUUCUUUCGAAUAUUAUUCUUUUGAUGAAUUUCUUAUUUGUUGACUAAUUUUAAAUGUAAUUGCCUCCAUCAUCAUUAUACUCAUUUUGAAGGUGCUCACGACGAUAAAAUAGUGCUUUAUUUGUAAAAAAAUAACUGUUUUUCGUGCAAUAUUUUGUGUAUUUAUGACCAUGUAACUAUAUCGUAUGUGCAAAAUUAUGUCAUUUGCGUAUGAUCCGUGGGAAAACAAUAGGUAAAUGUCAAUAUUGAUGCUGUUUUAAACAGUAGAAGUGUAGUGGAUUGUUUGUUUGUGUUUAUAUUGUAUAAGCACAUGCGAUGUUUCAUGGUAAGCUAUUAAGAUUGUUCUUUUUUAUCCUCUGUCAACUGCCAUCGACUUUUGACUUGAAACACUCUAUCACCUUUUUUUCUUUAUGAAAUUUGGCCAAAAUGUGCAUUUCUAUAACAACUAGAAUUUCAGAAAACUUCUAACGGCGAUAUUUUUGUUCGAAGCUAAUGAAACUUGGUCAGAAUGUUGAGAUUUUUUUAAUCUGUGUGGAAUAAAGUUCUUUGAUGAUGUCCGUUAAGAGUCUUAUGGGUCAAUAAAUAGGUCACUGAGAGCCAUAUUCACUUCCCAAACUUUAUAGAACUUAAACGAAGAUGUUUUUAGUCUUUGUUCAAAUUCAAAGCUGUAUGAAACUUUGGCGAGUAAUAUAAGGACUUCUUGGCCUCUUGAAUUUAACCAUUAUGUUAAAAGUAUGAUCGUGAAAUCCGCUGGUGACACAAUCACUUGAUUUACUGCAAUAUUGAAAUAAUAAUCUAACAGUGGCCUGAGGCAAUAAAACAAUUUUGAAACAUAUUCUUGCAAAGCCAUUUCAACAACUUGAAAAGUGACCGAAACUACAAAGUUACCUGAGGAUCUGAAUUUUGUAAAAAAAAAAAAUGAUUAAGUGUUUGUGUGUUAUUAUACAUUGUGUAUUUUAUUCCGUAAUUUUUAUUGCUUAUUGUGUACAUGUAUUUGCUUCAUGUAUUUGUGUAACAAACCAUGGCUUAUGUAGUAUUUUGUUAAAUAUAUGGUACCUGUUAUACCGGGUAUUUUAUGCUUGUACAUUUAUAUUACUUUAAAUAAACGCUUACGUUGUGAA